AUGGCCAGUGAUAUUACUGAUUCUAAAACUGAAGAACCUCAGGGCUCAGGGCAAAUUUUGGAAGAAUGGAGACAAUAUUAUGAGAUUAUUUCGGAAUUAAAACUUGCAAACAUAACAAAGAUCCUGGAUAUCAGAGGAAAUCAUGGCCGCGUAAAUUCACAAAGCUACAUGUACAUUCAUCAGAAGCCCUUUGGAAAAUAUUCUUUCAUUGGAAUAGAUGCCUGCAUAAAUCCAGGGCUUAAGCGCCCGUUGAAUAACUUUGGAGUACUAAAUGUCCAAACAAUUAAGCUCCUUCACUUGUUUUCUCAACGCUCCAUGGGUAGCAAUCAUACUUUCUGGUUUGGACAUUACCCGACUUCUACCAUCGUAUCUCAAGGUUUUGAUCUUCGCUCCCUAAUAGGUAGCCUUCUCUGA